AUGGUAUCCGGCUUCUACCCCACUACCCAAUGCCGUCGCAAGAAGAUCAAACCCUACAUGCCUCCCGUGACGGCAUCGUUCAUGGACACCAAGUUCGGCGCAUACGGUCUUCCCAAUGGCAGUUUCCAAUCACUGAGCCUCGAGACCUGCAUGCCUCCGGCCAAACGAGGCGGUUGCUCGAAAGACCUGCCAGUCGUUCUCUUCUCAGGCGCACUCGCUACAUCUCGACAUCUAUACAACGCCAUACUCCAGAACAUUGCGGCUACUGGUUAUGUGGUACUCUCCAUUGACCACCCUUACGAUGCGGACAUGGUGGAGUUCCCGGACGGUACCAUAGUGACGGGCGUUGAUAUCGAGAGCGAUGCCGAGAUUGAGCUUGCACUCAACACACGAGUUGCAGACAUUGAGUUUGUCUCCAAGCAAAUGAAGAACGCCUCAGCUAUCAAAGAGCUACUUCCAGGAUACGCGGGCGCCAAGAAUGCACCCAAGAUGGCUGUCAUCGGACACUCCCUAGGAGGUGCAGCAGCAGCCAGUGCGAUGAUGUCAAUAACCUCACUCAAGGGCGGAGUCAACCUCGACGGCUCCAUGUUCGGUUCCGUAUUGACAACCGGCUUCAACAGCCCCUUCAUGCUAAUGGGCCACGAGAACAAAACACAAGAAACAGAUCCGUCUUGGAAGACCAUCUGGCCAAACCUCACUGGCUGGAAGAAGGAGUUUGAAGUCAAACACUCAGCACACUACAGCUUCUCGGAUCUUCCUCUGGUCAUCUCUGCGUUGGGUCUGGAUGGGAAGUUGCCAGCGCAGGUAGGAGAGCUGCUGGGUUCUAUUGAGGGUCGUAGGAUGACGGGCCUUACGACUACGUAUGUUGCAGCUUUCUUGGAUAUGGUGUUGAAGGGUGGGAAGGAAGGUGCUUUUGCUAAGGCUGGCGGUCGGUUCACUGAGGUUGAGGAGGUGGCUUAG